GAAUCGACGAGAGCUGCAAACAGAUCUUGAAAUUCUUCUUCUUCUCCUUCUUCUUCUUCAUCUUAAUCAACAAAAUCAGAGAUUUUGUCUCCGUUUUUCAAUUAUUAUUAAUUAACAGAAACCGCUAGAUCUGUUUUCAGGAAAUAAAUUGAGAUCGUGAUUUAUGUGGGAAGAUUGAUUUAGUGAUUAUUCUGUUAGAUUGAUUGGUUGAUAUUGAUAUAGUUUGAUCUCGAGAUCCUUAUUCAUCUCUUAAGCAGGCCAAAGAUGGUAGUUGCAAAGUUCAAAUUUUGCAAUCAGACCGUCUCGCAUUCUGUUUCAGGAUCAACUACUUUCAGGGAGAUGAUAAGUGUGGUGAAACAAAAGUGGCCUUAUGUUCCUGAAGACCUCAUACUUUUUGGUUACACUGUAGAUGGGAUUUCAAAUGUCAUCAAUCACGAUUUGGAUUUGAGGUUUUUCAUUCACUACUGCAGCUCACAAGGGAUUGACUUGUUGAAGUUUGUAAUCCAGUUAAGGACUUGUGUUGAUUCUAUUUCUUCAUCAUCUUCUUCUGAUCCUGCUCCUGCUUCUUCGUCAUCAUCAAGUUGUAUUUCAAACGAUGAAGUAGUUAUUUUGGAAGACGUCACUGAUGAUGCGUGUUUGAUCAAAAAGGUCCCAAAGAAGUCUGAUGCUUGGGUCAACAUCUUAACUUGAGUAGGGAAGUUGUUUGAAGGUGGUAUUGCUGAAGUUAAGGACUCUGUUACAAAGUAUGAAAUAUGUAGUGGUUGCAAAUACAUAAUAGUUAAGAGUUACCUUGAACGAUACACUAUGGAGCGCAAGUUCAAAGAGAAGGAAAAUUGUCGCUGGAGGUUUCACGCCUCUCUCCUCGUCAAAUAAAAUGGUGUAUUUCAUUGCAAGAGAUAUAUUGCAGAGCAUUCAUGUAGUUUAGCUUAUUCAGAUUCAUCAAAAGUUAGGAUGAGAAAAUCGUUUAUGAAGAAUAAAUUGUCAGAUGAUUUACGAGCAUCGAAGAAGAAGAAGAAGAUUGCUUCUGACGUUAUAGAUUUACUCCGAAUGGAAUAUGGAUUGGACCUCACGUAUAGUCAGGCAUACCACGGUUUACAAUUCACCAAGAAAUUUCUUUGGGGUGAUGACGUCAAGUCCUGUUCAGACUUUGUUUGGUAUAAAGAUGCCAUUGAACAGUACAAUCCCGGAAGUGUUGUCAAUUUUGAGUAUGAUAGUGUGACGCGUCGGUUCAAAAGGUUUUUCGUUGCUUUUGAAGCUUCCAUAACUGGUUUCAACAAUUACUACCAUCCAAUGCUAUUUAUCGAUUGUACCUUUCUCACUGGGAAGUUCAAAGGUGGUCUUAUGGUUGCUUGCGGAAAAACUGGUAACCAAGAGAUCUAUCCAGUUGCAUUUGGAAUUGCUCCUUGUGAAAAUUGUGAGAGUUGGCAAUGGUUCUUAACCAAUUUGAAGGGUAUUAUUCGUGAAAAUCGUCCACUGACCAUCAUAUCAUAUCGUGGAAUCGUCCUUUUGAAGCAUGUGCCUGAAAUCUUCCCAAAUGCUUUCCAUUCUUUCUGUUUGUACCAUAUGAAAGGAAAUAUUCCGGUUCCAAAGUGCAGGAGUAGAUAAACUGCACUGAAGUUAUUCGAAGAGUGCUACACUGUAUUAACAAAGGAAAUUUUUUAUACUGCUGCGAAGAGUAUGAGUAUCUAAAGUUGGAUUCAGUGAUUUCUUGGAUGAUGAAGAUUCCAUUCGAGAAUUGGGAUGCUCAUGCAUUUCUAGGAGAAAGGUGGGGUGAGAACACAUCUAAUAUUGUUGAGAGUUUUAACAACGUUAUUAAGCAUGAUAAUCCGCUUCCAAUACUUGAGCUUGUCGAUGUUAUUCGUGCUAAGGUAAUGGUGCAGAAUUACAAGAGGUUAUUGGAGUCUAACAAGUGGACUAUAAGGCUUACUCCUCGUAUGCAAGCUAGGUUUAACAAGAGGAUAACCGACUGCCGUUCAUACAAGUUCGGAGAUCAAGUGAUAAAGUAUUUGAGAUCAUUUAUCCAACAAGAAAGCAUACUGUCGACUUGGAUUCUAGAACUUGCAGCUGCAAAUGGUGGCAAAAACAUAGUUUUCCUUGCACUCAUGCAAUAAAAGCAAUGUUGCAGAUUGGAAAUGAUGAACCGUACAACUACAUUAGCCCUUACUAUAAUUUUUACUACUAUCGAAUGUUGUACUUUCGACCCAUAUAUCCUAUUUUGGACUCUGAGAAGCCACCUGGAAUUAAUGAAAAGGGGUAUGUUUUGCCUCCCAGUGGUGGUUGAGAACAAGGUGGAAGGCCUAAAUGUGUUAGGUAUAGGGGUUCUCGUGAAAAGGCGCGCAAGAAGAGGAAGUGUGGCCAAUUUUGGAUGCUCACCUUUCACAACCGUUGAACAUGUCGCAGAGCUCCUUUGGCUCCUCGUGCACCAACGUUUCGCAAGGAGUCUCAUUCCAGGAUUAUCAACUUCUUGAAGAGGAUGUUGUUCUGAAGUUUUUGUGGUGUUUUCAUAUUCUGACCAACUUGUUUUAGGUUUCUUACUAGUUGGGUGUUUCUUUUUGUUUUUUUAUGUUUUUUUUGGUUUGCACUUGUUUUUUUUUAAUGACAUACAUUGUUAUAUGUUGCUAUGAAUUUUAUUCUUUUGUUUCUUAA